UCUCUUGCUACCAUCCCUCUGAUGGCUGGGCAUGGAAGGUCACCUUGCGCUUCCUGCAAAUUGCUGCGCCGGCGAUGCUCCAAAGAUUGCAUCUUUGCCCCCCACUUCCCUCCCGAUCAACCCCACAGGUUCUCCAUCGUGCACAAGGUGUUCGGUGCCAGUAAUGUCAACAAGAUGCUACAGGAGCUCCCAGUUCAUCACAGGGCAGAUGCAGUGAGUAGCUUAGUCUACGAAGCGAGCGUGAGAAUGAAAGACCCGGUUUACGGGUGCGCCGGUACCAUUUCUUACCUUCACAAUCAAGUGUCUCAACUACAGAUGCAGCUUGCAGUGGCGCAAGCAGAGAUUUUGUGCAUCAAAAUGCAGCAAGAAUCCUCCUCUUCUCUACUGAUUAGCAGCCGACAUGACGCUCAUGAAAACAAGGGCUUUGUUUUUCAACAAAGUAGCUUCGAUUCUCCUCGUGAGUUCAUCAACUACUCUUCCUCCUGCAAUCAUGUAGCUCAGGAACCACUCAAGAGAGAGUCUCCCUGGCCGUAAUCAGUUCGUUGUAAUCAGGUUCAUUUGGUGAUUAUUUGGAGACUGUUUUUUUCUCAAUCUGAUGUCAUGUGUUGCACGUGGAGAAGGACUAAGCUCAGCUUGCGUGUUAGUUCUACCUUGAUCAACAAAACAAUCUCGUAAAAGUCAAGAGUUUA